UAAGGCAACGGUACCACAACUUGUGAUAUGGUACCAUCUUUGCCGAAACAUGUCACUUUAGUAGGGAAUCAGCACCACGAAAACAGUAGGUCCGACCAAAAGGAUCACCAUUCCAGAAAUUCAUGCUGAUCCGAUGGUUAAGUGGCCACAACUGUUAAGUUGAUUGAAUUCAAAGUGUGGCCUAUAUGAUGAUCAGAAAUUCCUGAUUUUUGUCGUAGAUGAUAUUCAUGGUAUGACCUACUAUUUUAAUGGUACUGAUUUCAUACAAAGGUAACAUGCAGUCUGGAAAGAUUGUACUGUAAAAAAGUAGUGGUACAUAGCCUUCUAUCUGAUCAGUUCCCAAUUCAAAAACACUAGUUAUGAAUUUCAUUUCCAUAUGACAACAAUGGAAACUGGUAGCUAUGGCAGUUACACUUCAGUUGCAAGAAUCCUACUCACCUUCAACAACCCAAAACUCCUACUCCUAGAACAACCCUCCUCAAACCUAGCCUACCUCAGGCCUCUCCAUGCCCACAUGAUCAGAACCCAUCUCAUUGAGGACACAUUUACUGUCAGCCGUUUGAUCGCCUUCUGCACCGAUCCCGGACACUCUCCCACCUUACUACACUAUGCCCGCCGCGUCUUUUCCCAAAUCCAAAAUCCCAAUACCUUCAUCUACAAUGCCAUGAUCAGAGCUUAUUCUGCCAGCGACAACCCGCAGCAAUCCAUCCAUUUGUACAAUCAACUGCAAUGCCGCUGCCUCCGUCCUGACAAUCUAACAUUCCCUUUCCUACUAAAAUCUUCCACCCAUUUCGCAUCCCUGGAAAUGGGAAUGCAGAUCAACGGUCAGAUCAUCAGAUAUGGGUUCGAAUCAGAUGUGUAUGUACAGAACUCUCUGGUUCACAUGUAUGCCGCCUCUGGUGAUUUACAGACUGCGGAACGGAUUUUCUAUAGAAUUUCUCAUCUGGAUAUAGUGUCUUGGACAUCUAUGAUUGGUGGUUAUAACAGGUGUGGGGACGUCAGGUCUGCUCGUCAACUGUUUGAUAGAAUGCCGCAGAGGAAUGUGGUAACAUGGAGUAUAAUGAUUCGUGGGUAUGCCCGGAAUGGACACUUCGAUCAGGCCGUUAAUCUCUUUCGGGUUAUGAAGGCUGAAAACGUCCGAGCCAAUGAGACGGUGAUGGUUAGUGUGAUAUCUUCGUGUGCGCACUUGGGUGCAUUGGAACAAGGCAGAAGAGCCCAUGAUUAUGUAGUUAAGAACAAUCUUGCUGUGAAUUUGAUCCUUGGGACUGCUCUUGUUGACAUGUAUGCUAGAUGUGGGGACAGUCGUAAAGCAAUUGAGGUUUUUGAACAGCUGACUGAGCGGGAUGUGCUGUGCUGGACAACUGUGAUUGCGGGCCUUGCGAUGCACGGGCAUGCUGAAAUGUCGCUCGAGUACUUCACCAGGAUGGUGGAAACAGGGGUGAUGCCGAGGGAUGUCACAUUUACAGCUGUGCUAUCAGCUUGCAGCCAUGGUGGGCUGGUUGAAAGAGGUUUCAAACUUUUUGAGAGCAUGAGAGAAGAUUACAAGAUCGAGCCGAGAUUAGAGCAUUAUGGGUGUAUGGUUGAUCUUCUAGGCCGAGCUGGGAAACUGGAUGAAGCUGAAAGAUUCAUACACCAAUUGCCAUUGAAACCUAAUGCGCCAAUCUGGGGUGCAUUGCUUGGAGCAUGCCGUAUUCACCGGAAUGUGGAAAUUGGAGAACGGGUUGGGAAGAUCCUGAUUGAAUUGGAACCAGGCCACAGCGGGUACUACGUGCUCUUAUCAAACGUCUAUGCCCGUGCAAACAGGUGGGACCAAGUUACAGAACUGAGGCAAAAUAUGAAGGACAGAGGAGUGAAGAAGUCCCCUGGUUACAGCCUGAUAGAGGUCGAUGGGAUUGUCCAUCGCUUCAUCAUGGGAGAUGGGUCCCACCCAGAAAUCGAACAGAUCAGGGCAAUGUGGGAAGAGAUCGCACUGAGGAUAAGAGCCGUUGGGUAUAUGGGGAAUAAGUCGGAUGUGCUGUUUGAUAUAGAUGAGGAAGAGAAGGAAAGCGCGUUGUAUCAGCAUAGCGAGAAGCUUGCAAUUGCGUUUGGGAUGAUGAGAACCGGCAAUCAGACAGUGAUCAGAAUAGUGAAGAAUCUACGCGUAUGCGAUGACUGUCACACAGCCACAAAGUUCAUAUCCAAAGUUUUUGAUCGAGAGUUGAUUGUUAGAGAUCGAAAUCGGUUCCACCACUUCAGGCAAGGUGAAUGUUCUUGUCUGGAUUACUGGUAAGAUGGCUAUAUAACAGCACCCAGCAAUGUACAUGUUCAUCAUUCCAAUGAAAACAAGGCCAAUUACAGCCUACGGUUCAAUGUUCCAGAUCCAAUGAUCCAACAAGCCACACCAUGGACAGAUCAUGCCCCAAUAAUGUCCUGGAUUGAAAGAUCCUACCUACCCAUAGUGUGUCCUUUUUUCUGUUGGAUGAUGGGACCUAUUGCUAUGAAGGUAUUCCAUAAUGGUAACAGUAGCCGUAACAGUCACUGCCAUUACUGUUACAAUAUGGUCAAAAUGACCUUUUUUUUUUUUUUUUCGAUUUUUUUUUUCAGGCCCAUAACAGAUCAUUACAGGGCCAUAAUAAAAAUUACUUGUAACUUAUCCUUCUGCAGAAAUAUAAUAUGAUCCUCCUUGGUUUUCA